CACACCCUGAAACAAGUGAAGUUCUCUCAUAGAAAAUUGAUCAAACAAUAACAAGUUACACGUGCUGUCAGAUGAGUGGUCACUUGAUUUUGGCCUGCUACGUGGAUGGAUACACGUUCUAUUGGAUGGAGGGCACAACGUUAUGGCGAACUGCAAAUUUUCGAGCAUGGACAAGCGCCGUGAUAGUGUGGACAGUUCUUCUUCGUCCGGAGGCAGCAUCGCCAAGAUGAAGAUUGAGGAGGACGCCGCAGCCCGAGGUGGCUGGGGAGGGAAGCUGGACUUCAUUCUCACCUGCAUUGGUUAUGCCGUAGGGCUGGGCAACAUCUGGAGGUUUCCCUACCUGUGCUACAAGAGUGGUGGAG